UUUAGACGUCAAUCAAAAUAAUAUGUUCAGCUCUGUUUUGAAUGGUCCGGAUUCGCCUUUAUUCCAUAUGUAUUUUUGUAAUUAGCACUUUUUUGUACCUAAUUGCCGCAUUAUUAUUUAAGUUAUUAACCGACUAAUCAUUCGAUAAGUGCUUCAAUUGAACGCGAACAGUAUUAGAACCGAAAGUGCUACCGUUUGCUGGCUUACGCGGGUCCCCUAUAAUUUCACUCAAAUUUACUGCUUAAAAAAAACAUGUUUUUUGCUGAAAAAUUCUCAAAAACCUAAAUUACAUACUCUACUUUGUUGCGUUUAUAAAUCUAAAACAUCGGGCAACUGUAUACAUUACUUCUAAGCAAAACAGGUGAGCGCCGGCAACAUUUAUAAUGGUACCUGAUUAAAUUGGACCCGGAGCGGUCGUAGAUACCUGCAUCAUUGAGGGUUAAAGACGAAAAUGCCCUCUAGCCAAACAAAUCAAGCAAACGAGUUCUUAAAAGCAGACAUUCAGGAUGAUCAUCCUUCGGAUAUUGUUGAUGAGGAACAAGUUCAGCUGUCCCUGGACCCCAAGUUUCAGGUCCUCUUGGCGCAGAUGUCACGAGAAUCCGGAUGUUGGGGUAAAUUUUUUCCAAUGCCUUUCGAGAGGGCCUCCCAAAAGUCCUGGUGGGACCCCACCUUCGAUUCCGAAAUACUCGAAGAUCAGUACAAAAAGAGCGCAUUCAAUCACAAUAGGUUUAAAUUCAGGUAUGCAGUAUGGUAUACAAUCUGCAUAGCCGCCAUCUGGUUGACCUACGUCUUACUUCAAGGACUACUUACGGAAUUCAAAAACUUCUCUAUCAAAUACAUACUCUUUUUCAUACUCCUACUAUACAACAUACUUAUCCUAUUACUUACUUACACUAAGAUAUUUCAACUUCACAUGCAGACCAUCUCGUUGUCUUACGCGUUGAGUUCGGUCGCAUUUUCCUUAGUAUUUCUUAUCGUCUCCCAACGAGGACUCUUUUGUCACUCUACACAACUGUUGAUAUUAAUUUACACUUUGAUACCCCUAAAGCUUUAUAUGGCCUUAACUUUAGCUAUAAUUUACUCGGUGUCCUUCGAGUGUUUAACCAGCGUCGUCUAUACAUCGAUGCCGGACAUGGAGGAGACCGUCUUGACUAUUUUUACAAAGAUAUUAUCCCAUAUUGCCAUUCAUCUAAUCGGGUUGCACAUUUAUUUGAUGAGCAAUAUACGAAUGCGGCAAACUUUCAUGAAGGUCGGCCAAAGUUUGCUGGUGAGGAGGCAGCUGGAAUUAGAGAAAAGACUGAAAGAGAACAUGAUACACUCACUGAUGCCACCUAGUGUAGCCUAUUGGUUAUUAAACGAGGAUGAGAGUUUUAACAGGAGACCGUCCGCAGAAUCGGAAAACAACGACCUACGAUCCCUCUUCAGGCCGUUCAACAUGGACACGAUGAACGACGUGAGCAUCCUGUUCGCGGACAUCGUCGGCUUCACCAAGAUGUCGAGCAACAAAACCGCCGAAGAACUGGUCGACAUCUUAAAUAAUCUCUUUCAAAGGUUCGACGAUUUGUGUAAGAAUCAUUUUUGCGAGAAAAUCUCCACUUUGGGGGAUUGUUACUAUUGCGUAUCCGGUUGUCCGAAACCGCGUCCGGAUCACGCCAAAUGCUGCGUAGAGAUGGGAUUGAGCAUGAUCCAAGCUAUUAAGCAGUUCGAUCAAGAGAGACACGAGGGUAUUAAUAUGAGGGUGGGCAUACACACUGGCACGGUGUUAUGUGGCAUCGUCGGUACCAAGAGGUUUAAGUUUGACGUGUGGAGUAACGACGUUACUUUGGCGAAUAAAAUGGAAAGCACCGGCAAACCCGGAAUGGUACACAUUUCGGAGAAGACCAGUACGUUUUUAAACAACGAAUAUUUGUUAGAGGAAGGCGAAUGUGUUUCUGGUUUGAAAACGUUUUUCAUCCUCGGCCGAAAGACUGACCACUGCCCGUCGUACCAGGGCAGCAUCCGGUCCGAAGGCAGGCAAAAGUACGCGAACUCACUCCAAUUGUUCGUGUCGCCGCCGCCAUCUGCCGCUUCCCUUUCGCCCCACUCGAGACCUCGAGUACUUUCCUGUGAUACUUCCCACAUAAGCAAAUCGAACCAGAACAAAAACUUUUUAUCACCCGACUCGUGUAUUGUUAAAGCGAGCAGUCUGCCUAGUAUCUUAGAUUCCGAAAACGAGCAAGACCCCCCGGACGGUUCAAACGUAGAAAGCGUCAAAACGCCUACGUCAACGGCCAGUUCCGGGAAAUAUUCGAUGAAAAUCCGAAAUUGGAAGAUCCCGAAAUUCAUGCGGAAAACGAGCACCACCUGUGACAGCAAACCCGAAAUCGACGUCGAUUUCGCAUCGGGAGUGACUGACGCUAGCGAAGAAGGAUAUCAACAAGUUCCAACGAUAAUCGAAACCGGUGCCUUAAACGGAAAAAAGGACUCACUAUCAACGCUUACAUCGAAAUACGAAGACUAUCCCGCCUGUAAAGAGACCAUCGACAUAAAAUCGUACAUCAGCCAUUCGCGAAGCGACAUCGGAGCCUUCGACUACUCGCACACGCCAGAAUUCGUCAGAGGAGGUAGCUAUAGAUGCAACUUUGGAAGAUCUUUUAACGGCGAUUUGUUCCAGUUAAAUCGGUCUGGCAGCAGCAGAUCUAGGAGGGGACGAUCUCCUAAUUUGGAUAUUUUAGAACCGCUGGAAAGGGCUAGAAGUGCGACCGUGACAGUCAGCAAUAUCGCCAGACCCAAGCGUUCAUUUGACAUACCGAGCCGACUUUCUAGUAUAGCGAUGCUGGAUGAAAAUUCCGUUCCCAGCAGGAAGGAUUCUGGAAUUAGGAGUAACAGUAGAAGGAGCAGUUUACAGAUGGACAACCGACUACUCAGCCAAGAACGUCUCCAACAUCGCGUCUCCGGCUACUACACCUCGAGUCUCAGCUCGAUGAAUUCCACCCAAGUAUCGAAAACGGUAAACUCGUCCCACGGACCGUUUUUCGAUAAAUACGGCACCUGCAUACAAAACUUACGGAAACAAUCCGAUCGUCAAUUGAUCAAGUGCGUCCAGGAUAACUCCAAGUCGCAAGGCUCUUACUUCAUAAAACCACCUAUAUCGCAGAUGAGUUUAUUUUUCAAAGAUAAAGUAAUGGAACUCGAUUAUCGAGCGAACGUGCAUCGGAUCCAUACGAAUUUCGAAAUCGACACUUUGGCCAAUUCAAGGUUUAACACUUUCCUCGAUAUAUUCGUAUCGAUUUUUGUGUUUUUAAUCGUUUCGAUCACUCUCGCGUUUAUUUAUGGUAUUAACGCGGCCUGGUUGAGCACCUUUAUUGCCUGCUCUAUACUGCAAAGUUUAAAUUUAGGGAUUUGCGUUAUACCCAUUGUGCGUUGGACCGAUAAAGUUUGUUGCUGCGGCAGAUUUUACCGCUGGAACGCUUUUGGGGCCGUUUUAGUCAGUUUACCAUUAUUUUCCGUACUAGUUAAUUUCGCCUCGGAUAUUCAAAUAAACCAGUAUGAACUUUACAUGUACAUUUACCCAUUGUUCGUGGGGCUGCUUCACUUUUGUAAUUUCACCCAACUAAACUCCUGGAUGAAGAGCGUUAUCGGGUUAAUCCUGAGCGUUUCUUGGGGCAUUUUGUUUCUUAUAAAGCGCUGCACUGGUCAUAUAUUUGAUGCACCAGUUCACCAUAAUGCAACCCCAUUUGCGGCCUCAGAUAUACACAACUCAACAGCGAAUUCAACGAAUUAUGUUACGGAGGCAAAUUGUUAUUUGAACAACUUGGAUAUGAUCGUGAAUCUUUUUUUAUUGUUGCUCCUCGUGUGGUUGCUUAACAGGGAGUUUGAAAUAACUUACAGGCUCAGUUUUCAUACGAACUAUAUCGCUCACAGGGAUAAAAGUUUUGUGCAAAAACUGAAAAAUCAAGCGGAUUAUUUAAUUUAUAAUAUAGUGCCUGAGUAUGUGGCCGAACAACUGAAACGCGAAGCAAAAUAUUCGGAAAACUUUAAAGAUGUCGGUAUUAUAUUCGCCAGUAUAGUGAACUUUAACGAAAUGUACGACGAGAGUUUCGAAGGGGGUAGAGAGUACUUAAGGGUACUGAACGAACUGAUCGGAGAUUUCGAUGAACUGCUUUAUAGGAAAGAAUUUAAAUGCGUGGAAAAGAUCAAAACGAUCGGUUCAACUUUUAUGGCUGCCAGUGGGUUAAACUCGCAAAUGCGCAGCUUACAGCAGGACCCCAACGAACACCUUUAUGUCCUAAUGGAUUUCGCUAUUGAAAUGCAACGGGUCGUUGAGAAUUUCAACAGGGAUUUGUUGGAAUUCAACCUCAUUAUCCGGAUAGGAUACAACUUCGGGGACGUAACGGCUGCCGUAAUAGGAAACACCAAACUGUAUUACGACAUCUGGGGAGACGCGGUUAAUAUCGCUUCCAGAAUGGACAGUACGGGAGUAAACGGGCGAAUACAAGUGGGAGAGCACUGCUUGCCUGUGUUAGAAAAUAAAUUCAAUUUUGAGCCGAGAGGAUCGAUUUACGUCAAAGGCAAGGAUAACAUGAACGUUUAUCUGAUUAAAGAGAGAAAAAACGAGAGGAAUCCUGAGUUAUUAAAUGUCCCCAACAGCUAAUGUUAUAUGAGGAAAAAGAUGCGAGAAAACAAUUUAUUGGGCCUGAGAUUAGGCUUAAGGCGACGAGUUUGUGGACUCUUGACGUAGAAAAGAUAUUAUAUAUAAUCAAUGUUGUACCUACCGUCCUCUAGAAGAAUAUAUAGAGUUAAAAAUUGCUUGGAUAUUGAUGAGGAUGCUGUGUGACCUUAUCAUUUUUUUAAAAGCCGAAUAUAUCGUUAUAGCGAAAGAGGUUCGUUUGCAAAAUUCGAGACAAAUAAAAUGUUUAGUAGUAAAUCGUGAAUCUGCCAAAGAUUGAUCUGCUUGACCAAUGAAGUAAAUACAACAUGUUACUAAUGUGUUUCGCUUGAUUUAAGAGCAUCAUCAGAACGCGGAACAAAAAAUGAAAAUUGGAGUGGUAAAAAAGCAUAAAACUACCUUAUAAAAUACGACAUAUGUAGACGGUUACUUUGUACAAUUGCGCGUUUAACUAUAGGGAUUACCGUACGUAUUAGAAAAAAAUUUCCAAAAAAGUUGAUUGGGUUUUUUCUCUAGUAUGUUUAGGAUUUCAAAUCAUAACUUUUUGAGGUCCAUCUAGUGUUAGUUAUAGACCGCAAAUUUAGUUUAAUUUCAUUAUUUUCAACGGGACACUCUUUAUAUUAUUGCAUUUUUAUAGUCCACAUAAAUCUCCAUGAAGUUUGAUGUCAUAUAUUUGGGAGAAACAGUUUUGGUGGUAUAGACAGUUGAAAAUAGUGAUUUUUUUUACUUUAAAGGUCUAUACACAUUUUUGAUAUAGAGCUAAGACUAUUUUCAAUAGAAAGAAAAGGUUUUUACACUUUUAUCUUAACUUUUUAAGACUUAUUUAAAUACAGCGUCAUUUCCUUAUAAAGGGGCAGUGAGUUUUAUUUUAAAUAUUUUUAAUGGGUUACUCUAUAUACAGUAAUGGCCAAAAGUAGAUAGACAAAUGGUUUUUUAAAAAAAUCAAAGGAAAUAAAAAUUUUAUAAUAAAGAUAUUUAAGUAUAUUAUGGGCAACAUAAACAUGUAUAAAAAUAAUAAAACAUUCUUUAGAAACAAUCACCUAAUUUGGUAAAUAAUAAGAAAUAACUAAAUAUACGCUGGACAAAAGUAGAUAGACAAAUUUAAAAAAUAACCAAUACUCUUUUUUUUUCGAAGUAUUUUUUUUUAAUUACCAACUAAACCAUCUGGAAUAUUAGUAUUUUGUAAAAUACCUAUUAUUGUCUAUUACAGCCUGACAUCUACGUGGCAUUAAUUCAAUAAGAUUAUCUAUGAGUUUAAAACCAAUACAUUUCAAUUCACCUUUAUUUGAAUAGUUUGUAUCCCUAAUAUCACGAUCUACAAUUUCCCAUAAAUUUUCGAUGGGAGUAAGAUCGGGUGACUGGGAUGGCCAUUUUAAAACUGGUAUUUUUUCUUCUUCUAAAAAUUGCUUCAUAAUUUUAGAGGAAUGCUUCGGGUCAUUAUCUUGCUGGAAUUGGAAUCUCAAUGGUAAAUUGUCUUCGACAUAGGGCAACAUAACAUCUGAGAAUAUCCCUGUCCAUUAUGCCCUCUAUGCGAUGCAACGGGCCCAUUCCAUAACCUGAGAAGCAACCCCAAACCAUCACUGAUCCACCUCCAUGCUUAACUGUGGGUUUUGUGUACUUGGGAUUCAAACGCUGGCCAGAAGGACGUCUAACAUAUUGAAUUCCAUCGGAAUUAAACAAAUUAAACUUCGAUUCGUCGUCAAUUCUCUUGGGUCAUUUUACUGUAGCAAACUACACAUCGACGUCUCUUACUUCGUCCUACAUCUUCAAGGCGGUGUUGUUCUUUAUUACCUUCAUUACGUUCUAGUGUUGGGUUUUGCGAAUCUAAUUUUAACAAACCUUCGACAACUUCUUCUCUAAACGUUGCUAUUGACAUUUUAUUUUUGGUAAUUUCUUGGUAAGAAACAAACGCAUUUACUAAUGCUGUACCAGUUAAAAUUUCAAUAGCUAGCUUUCUAUACCAUUUUAGACUCUUUCUUAGGCUGCAGUUGUGGGAUUUCAUCUGGUCGGAGAUAUCAAUGUACGCUUUAUAUUUAUUAUACUCGACUUUUCACAUCUUUUCCUCUUCUUUUGACGUCCACCAUUUCACUUCCGUGUCUAGUGCUCAGUGCAAGUACAUCUCGCCGAUCUCUCCACUUUUGAAUUAUCACUCCUUGUCUACAUUCUUCAGCCACGGUUUCUCCUACCUGUAACUUCUUUUGUGUGACAUUUUUUGGGUUGAAUUUUCGAUUUGCCCUCAAUGUUCCUAAAAGAUGAGUUUUGCGAUUCAAAAGAGCCAAAGCCAAGCUUACUGACGUAUAAUAGUUAUCGGUGCAUAAAGUUCUUCCUUUAUCUAAGAGAUUAUCCAAUAAAUCUAGAACAAUUUUGGUUGGUACACUCACAUUUUUAUCUUUUGAUUUUCCACAAUAUACUUUGAAAUCGUAAGUAUAACCACCACUAAGGUAUGGGUUUAAAAAGUUUGAUACCAAACUUGUGUUUUUUGUUCCUAAUAUAUUGUAAAAAAGACAAUCGCCCUCGGAAUGGCACAAGGGUUUCAUCGAUGCAGACAUAUUCGGAGGGCACAAUGACUCGCUGAAAAAUUUCACGGAUUUAGUAAGGGAUUUAGCUUUCGCAACCUAUCUUCGAUUAUAACCUCAUUGUUGCUAAAAUGUAGCAUUUUCAGAAGAAGUUGAAACCUAUUCCUUGGAAUUAUUUCUGGCAUAAGGCUUUUGUAGAUUUUCUUCUUCCUCCAGUAGGACUGUUGUGUUGGAAAUGGACACAAACCCAUCCACAUCACUACACCAAGAAACUUUUCAAUUCCUUCGUGAUUUGUUGGUUUCCAUGUAUGCGCACGUGCCUUUGGAUAAGCAUUUUUUUGUUGAGACUGGGAAGCAUACAAAUUAGUUUCAGUUACCUACAAAAUAUUGCGUAACAUAAUACAAAUAAAACUAAAUUCUAAAAUACUUACAAUAAGUUCCAAAAUGUCAUCAGUAACAAACAUUUUAUAAAAUUCAUACGGCGUCUUUUCAUAGUUAUCGUACAUGUCUGGAACAAAUCCCGAGUGAUUUUCUGUAAACUUGAUUGGUUUCAAAAACUGGCCAGUCGCUGGUACCCAAUUUAUAUUCGUAAUUUGGCCACUUCCAGGUGAAUCAUUUUCUUCUUUAUUGGAGGCAAUGAUCCUAUAACAUUUUCUAUGGCCUCACUAAUUGAGUCAAUUUGUGUGCUUGUACCCUCACGAGAUGUACAGGGAUCAACUUGUGUUGUCGUGGCCCCACGAGGGGAAUCAACUUAUAUUUUUUUCGUUUGGCGCUUUAUUUUUCUAGGAGGCGAAUCCAUUUCACUAUCAUCUGAUUCCUCAGAGGAACUUGAUAGUUGAUAUUCGUCGGAAGAUGCAUCAUCUUUUUCAUCUGACAACAUUUCCUGCCAUAAGGCAUCUAGGCGCUUUUGCUCCUCUUCGUACGACAUUACUAGUUACUACACGUGAAACAAAAACCGCUAUCCACUACAAAUACUAAAUUGAACUGAAUUAUUGGAUUUCCUAACGAUCCGUCGCACGCUUCUAAUGGCCAGUAUAGCGGACCAAACACGUUUUACGCAUAUCUUUUGAUUAGAUUCCACUCAAUAUUGUUUGAGCUACUGCAUGUCACGUUCGUUGGAUUCAUGCGGCCACCUGAACCUUUGAAUUAUUUCCAGGCCUCGUGAGACCAAUGUGUCACCAUGAAAAUAAAUCCAAAAAAAACAUUAUUUUUAAAAUUAUAUUUUAACUAUUAUGUAAUUGUAAGCACUAUUACAUAUAAAAAAUGUAACGGCCUCCGGGACCAUUUUUUUUUUAAUGGCGGCACUCAACGUGUUAAGGUUUGAAUUGCUUACCUCAAGUUCAGGCGGAUUUUUUGGCGGCACAAUAACACUUUUAUAAUUUGAAUGUUGUAAACCACUAAUUCGGCACCUUUUUCUUUUUUUUUCUAACACGUUCAGUACCUUUUUGGCUUCUUUUUACUGCAUUAUCGCUCUGUUGUACAUUGUCACGUGCGUUCAUUUUAUAUACUAAUGACGUUAAGGGCUUGGCACUUAGACCCCUUUAACCUAAAAAGGAUACCUGUGCUUAGACCGGCUGCAGGUUUUGACGUCAGAAAAUAAUACGAAAGGCACAUAGACCCUUUUGUAUGCUAUUGGCGUUGGCACCUAGACUACUACACAAGUGUUACCUGAUAUUUGCCGGCAGUGGCACUUAGACUCUUUUGAAUUUCCACUCUUCAAUUAUCUUUCAAAUUUUUAAAUUAAUUAGAGCAUUAAAAAUAUAUAUACAUGAUUUGAAGUUGGACCCUACACAAAUCAAUAAACGUUAAAAGUCUUGAAAGCAAAUCACUGUUCAGUCACUGUUCUUUACCUGUUAACAAAACGAAUCAUAAAAUUAAAAGGAUUUAAGACUUAUUUUCAGAAGUAUCAAAAGUAUUUUACUUAGUUUAGCUUGAUUAAAGUAUUAAACAUCUUUUGCCCAAAUUAAAUUGAUACACCUUUCUUCUAAAUAGAGAGAAACCAUAAAAUUUUCUUAAGUAUACCUGAUGAUAAUUCAAUUUUCUAUGAUAACACAGCAACAUCAUUUUCAGCUGCUAUAGUAUCAAGGACGCAUUCUAUUGCCGAAUCGAUUAUUAUUUUUUCAUUAUAUUGAUAUUCAUUGGCAUUAAUGUCUACAUGAAUUACCAUGACCCAGGCCAUAGGUAUUUGAAUAAGAAGCAUUUAAAAUGUUAAUGUUUUUAAUACUUACGGUAAGCCCUAUAGCUGUAGGUGCAAAUAAAAAAAAUAACCCAGUACUUGUACAAAAUGUACUUUAUAGGGUAGUGGAUUUAUACCUUUUUUCCAUUCUGUUGCCACUAACAAAGUUACUUGGGUAAUAUCCUUGAAAGCUUAAGUCUGAGUCUACAACCUACGAAAAAAAUUUAACUGUAGGAUUAAUCUCCUAUUAAACGAAUUAAAGUACAAAACUUUUAUUCCGAGCGGAAGCAGCCAGUUUUUAAGGUGUUUUAUCUAAGAGGAGUUCCAUUGAAGAACAAAACGCCGGUUGUUUUACAUUUGACAUAUACAGUGAUUUUAUAGUGUACAUUUUACAUACGGCUCUUUGGGAAUCCACUACCAAAGACACAUUUAUCGUAGUUCUCGUUAGGAUUAAUUUACUGGCUACUAAUUUUUUAUAUACCUUGACUCCUUCUCAUCUACCUUUUUUUUAUGGUAAGCUCUUUCGAUUUUAGGCCAAAUUGUGCUUGUAUAUCGCCCAUCUUUUUCUUUUAAUUAUUUACUAUACUCUACAGUUUGGCCCCUCAUGAUAACUGUGAUAGCUUGUUUCGUGGCAUUUUCAAAUUAUUAUUUAUUUUGUAUUUAGGUAACACUACAAUUGUAUUGCUUAGACAUAAGCAGAUUAGAGUCAACGGGCUUUAUCAGAAUUAUUACUAUAGUAGCAUUUUGUUUUUUUGUUGUUAGCGAUUAUAUAUUUUUUUUAAACUACUUUUUAAUUUUUUUUUUAUUACCUUACUUUUAUAAUCAGCUUGCACAUAAUUCAUUAAAUGCUUCUUUUUGUUUUCAUUUGGAAAAUGAAACUAUUAUAUUUCACAAUAACGUUCUAUUAUACAGGGUGUUUUAUUUAUGCUUAGCCAAGUCAAAUUUAUUACAUUUAUUGAACUAAGUGCAGAAACGACCUUAAUAAAACAUCAUGUAUAAAAAAGAUUUAUUAUUAUUUAUGCUAACAAAGUCGCACCAAUUUUACUUUCGUCACACUUUUGGGACCAAGCGACUUGACCUUCCGCAUUAAAAGAAUCCAUUUAUAUUCUUAAUUAUUUAGCCGAUAGAGUUCAAGGGAAUUUAGCUUCGAAAUAAAUUGUGCUUAAUUCCAGGAACAUUGCCCCCCGUAGAGAUUGUCUUAUUUAACGAUAGGUGACUUUGUGGGUGCCUGGUAUGGCUUUGGAAUAUUACGAAACCUCCAGAUUUUAUAUUAAUUAAUACAAAA